UGGGACGUUAAGACGGUCACGGCCGUCCUGCCCGCCUUUGCGAGGUCGGCGCUCCGCAACUUCCCCGCCAACCUACCCGUGGGCCAAUCGCACAUGCAGCAGCUCCGCCGCUACUUCCCAACCUCGGACAAGGUCCGCGCCCUGCUCUCCUUCCAAGACCUGUACGUCGGCCUGUCGCCAUACGAGGCGCCCGCCGUCUUCUCGCUGCUGCAGGCGAUGGAGCUGGACGCCGCGUCGUACGGCGUUCGCUAUCCGCGGGGCGGGUUCGGGCGCGUGAGGAGGAGGCUGCUCGAGCAGUGCGAGAAGGUCGGCGUGCGGGUGCGAACCGGCGUGGCCGUCACGCGAGUCGAGGUCACCCAGGAGGGCGGGGAGGCGGGCGAGAGCGGCGCUGCUGCGACGGGCGUUCGGAUCGUCGACGGCGAUGGCUCCGAGUCGAGCUUCGCCGCCGACAUCGUGCUUUGCAACGCGGACCUGCCCGCCGCGGAGGAGGCGCUGCUGCCGCCACACCUCUCCAGGGCCGACAAGCUGCGGUCCGCCGCCUCCUCCUCCUCCGUGCUGUCCCUCUCCUUUGCCCUCGACGCGCAGUUUGCCGACGCGCUCGCGCACCACACCAUCGUCUUUGCAGAGGACUUGGGCCAGGCGCCGUGGGAGUCGCUCUUUGGCGCCCGCCGGGCCUCGAGCUUCCUGCCCGUGGCCGCAGCCCCCACCUGGGCCCCGGGCCAUUUCUACGUGCACUGCCCGACGAGGACCGACCCGACCGCAGCUCCUGCCGGAUGCGACGCCAUCACGGUUCUCCUCCCGACGCCACCGCUGCCGGUCGGCGCCUCCGAGGCGGAGGCCGAGGCGCUGUCCGACGUGUGGGCGGCGGCGGGGCGGGCGUCUGUCGUCGAGCGGCUGGCCCGCUUGCCUGGCAUGGCAGGGUGGCAGCAGAGCAUUCGCCACGAGUCCGUCAUCCCGCCGGCUCGGUGGCGGCGCGAGUACGGCCUCGCUCGCGGCGCCGUGUUUGGCCUCGCCUCCAGCCUCAACCAGCUCUCCUUCCUCCGGCCCGGCCCGCGCCACCCGAGGGUGCGCAACCUGUACUUUGCCGGCGCCUCCGCGCGGCCAGGCAACGGCGUGCCGCUGGUCAUGUGCGGCGCCAGGCAGGUGAGCGAGGCCAUCGCGCGCGAUGCGUGCGGCGGGUGAGGGACGCGGCGGCCGUGUCGCCUUUCAGCGCCACCACGGGCACCACACCGGCAGGGCGCCACGGGCGGUCGCCACAGC